AUGUCAAAAGCUAAACAAAAUCCAUUUGACGAUAAUUACGGCUCUUCCGUCAUCGAAGACUCAGAAGAAUUCCAAGAUUAUUCAACUUCUUCAACUCCUUCAAUUUCACCGGUCCUUCCAGAACUGCAGGAAGUUCCCCACGACACCCAAAUGCCUUUAACAACAACUUCAAAAGACCAAAACAGUGUAUUUGACAAAUUCAAUAAAGUGGACUUUAAAAAAGAAGACCAAAAAGACGACAAAUCAAAUUUUUUCGUUCCUUCUGCUUCCGACUCAAAUAUCCUACCCUCAGGGAAAAUAGUUGCUUCGCUCUCAAAGAUCGAAUCUGCUCGUCAACUUUCUCACCAAAAAUCCCAACGCAAUUGGAGAACUGCCAAGAAAUUUGGGAAAGCUGUAGUUUUCGACUUUGUUGGCACAUUAGAUGGGUUUAACAUGGAAAGUGAGAGUUCCAUUCUUUCUCCUCGAUUGAACCAAAAGGACGUUUCUCACAUUAAAAGUGCGACAGUUGCCUCCCCCGAACUGUUACAAAGCAAAGAUCUUUCAAAAGAAAAUUCCAAAGAAAAGUCAAAAGAGAAAGUAUCUCCGGUGGUUCCCCCGGCACUUCCCCCACCACGAAAGUCGACCAUUUCGAUCGUCCCAAACACUUCAAUCAAAGAAAAGACCAAAUUAGAAACUCCUCCUCAGAACAUUUCAUUAGCAACACCCCCGCCACGAGGGACUUUUGUGAUCAAUCAAUUCUUAAACAACGCGUGUGCGUCGCCUCCACAACUGCCACCGCCGAGGAAGUCGACGUUAGUAAAGCCACAGCAGACUUCACAAAGUCCGCAGAAGACGGAAAGAAUAGAAAUAUUACAGAAGAUCCAAACGGCUCGGGAGAACGUCACAACGCAACUCCGCAAUGAAGAAAAUGAGAAGUGCGAACAUCAAAGUCCUUCGUCGUCUCAAUCAAACCCAGUCGACCACAAUCAAAUGAAUGAACGAUUUCAAAUUGGUGAUAUUAAAACGACAGAAGAACUCCAAAAGAACUCCCAACCAACUCCACUGGGACACGACAAAUCCAUUUCAAUGUCUGUCGUCUCACAUACUUCAGAAAAAUCGGAAGUGUCGACUUACUCAUUACUCUCCCCACGAAGUCCUCCACUCGCCGUCUUCGAUGAAUACACAUACGUGAUGGGCCUCAAAUCUGUGAGAAGUUU